AAAUGAAAGUGUACAGUACUUACAUCUGAAUUACUUCCUUAAAAUGAAUUUAUGAAGAUGGACAGGAAAUAAAUUUUCAAAGCUAGCAUUGUGCAGAUGAAUCCACAGCAAAUGAAAUUGUCAGAUGAAGUAAUGUCAAUAGAUCAGAGACUAGACUUCCUGGAGACACAACUUCAAACACUGAUUAAAGGUCAAGAAUUUAUUAUCAGAACACUGAACAGGACCAAUGGGAAAGAUGGACACCAUACAAAACAGCCACCGCCUCAAAAAUCUAAACAAAAAAGAAGUACGCAAUCUUCCAAAUUUGAUGCAUCUCAACUGUUGCACUUGCCAGAGGCACUGCAGAGAAACAUUGUAAGAUUUACAGAGGAUCUUUCAUUUAACCAAACUGACAUUCCUGAUCAAUUAAUCUCAACAGGAUGUCUCAGUGAAGACGAAUGUACAAUGAUUGCUUCAAGAUCAAGCUCCAAAGACCAAACCAGACUCCUUUUACGCAAGAUCAAAGCUCGUGACCCUCAGAUGAUAGAGAAAUUCCUUGACAUUGUCGGACAAGAUCAUCCCCAUCUUCAGAAAGAAGUCAAUAACACUUUAGAAGAGAUUGUUAAAGAACAUAAACACAAACCUGUGUGCAUAAUUUGCAUUAUGCAAUUGACUGUAGAUCUAAGGGACAUUGGCGACUACCUUUGGCAAAAUAAGAUAAUAUCGGACGAUACAUACGAUGAUAUUUACGAGAAUGAAAAUUUUCAAAGAACCAGACCUUUCAUUUGGAGCAACAUUAUUAACUGCAUUAACAAUUAUGAUACUCAUAACAAUGCUAUUGAGAUCUUAAUGAACGCCCUGGAAUCAAAUUACGGCCACAUUUCAGAAAAUCUCAGAGACCUAGAGAGACCCUUAUGUUGUUCCUGCUGCAAGAGACGUAGAGUAAGACGGAAACGACAGAUAUCAGAUUAUGAGAGUCUGAUUGAUGAAAGCACCACAUCAGAAAGAACACAAUCCCUGCAAAGCUCACAAAGUUUGUACAGCGGGUCUUUACCAAAAUUUUCAUUAGACAAUAUUGAUGAAAAUUCUGCAGGACAGCUUUUCGCAUUAUAUGAGUAUCGAAGGCAAAUUUCCAGUCAUUUUGAACCACAAGAUGACACUGAAAAUGUUGAUAAUGAGGCAAAUCAAGAUCAAAGUCUCCAAUUCAAUGCCUCUCCUGAAGAGCUGCCAAGUUUAGCUGGUAUAGAUCAAGGUAACAAGAGACCGCAGCUGAUGCAUAGUAUAAGCACAAGUAGUGAUGCAACUGUAUGUGACACACCUUUAACUGGUCCUGAUAUAGCAGACAAUCCGGCAGGUGAGACUGACAAUAAACUUUCAUCUGAUCUAGAUGAAAAUGCUGACAUUCAAGAUAUCCAGUUGUAUGAUAAUCAGUUUGAUUCAUCUGAUCUAGAUGAAACUGCAGAUACUAAAGAUACCCAGUUUUAUGAGAAUCAGUUCUAUGGUCUUCCUCAGGACUUACAAGAUACUAAAUCGGACACAGUCUCAGAAAUGGAAGUUCAUGAUGUAACAAACAAACUUCUCCAAAGUUGUGUUAAAGAAUCAGCAACAGAAACUGAUCCAGCAUUUCAACAUAAAAAUGUCAGAAUUGAAAGAGACAAACAUGAAAGUUUUAGUGAUACUAAUGAUUAUGUGAAAGAUUUGUCUGCAAAAAUGGAAAACCCUAAGGCAUAGAGAAGCAUUUUCUGAAUGACACUGAUUUCCUGGACUCAGCACCAGGAUGGACCUGUUUUCCACAAGUAACUGCCAACUUCCAAGCAUUAAUACUAGAAGAAGUGCCUCUCCGUGUACAACUGAUGCCACUUAGCUGACCCCUAGGUAAAACCACCGGCCUUCAUUAAGACAAAUGGCUUCCUCACAUUAAGGGACUCUACAUCACUUACAGGGUAUGGAAUCCACAGCAAUGAGGGGAAAGUGAUUCCAAGUAUGCAACCAAAACUACUCAGCCAGUGGCCUCAUACUGUAUAAAGUGAUUAAACCACUUUCAUACAUAUCACGCAAGAUGACUACCAUCAAAGAAAUAAAAGCCUUUAUUCAUACCAGCUUCCUUUAAAAAAAAACAAAAAAACUAGAGCUAUCACUAAAGGUGAUGAAUGUACCCCCCGCAUGCACUGACACAGUACAUUGCAAUUUGACGCACAUAAGAUUGCAUAAUUAAGUGGACUGUAUGUAUAUAGACUGUAUGUAUACAGUAUAGUAACAAAAAACAAAGUCCCAUAACUAUGCAGAAUAUUUAUCUAAAAGAAUGUAAUAUGCCCAUGCACAACUAGGGUUGGUACUGAUCACUUGUGUGAAGUUUCAUUAAAUUGUGUUUAAGGGUUUGGUAGAUUAGGCACGCACAAGAUUGCAUAUGCAGACUGUAUGUACAUAGUAUGUUAACAAGAAACAAAGUCCCAUAGCUCUGCAAUUUUUGUCGCUGAAAGAACCUAACAUGACCCAUGCACAACUACUGUUGUUACUGAUCACUUGUGUGAAGUUUCAUUAAAUUGUGUCAAGGGGAUGAGGAGAGAUGGUGCGCACAAGAUUGUGUCUAUGUAUAUAGUAUAGUAACAAAAAAACGAAGUCCCAUAACUCUGCAAAAUUUUUUUCUGAAAGAACCUAACAUGCCCCAUGCACAACUACUGUUGUUACUGAUCACUUUUGUGAAGUUUCAUUAAAUUGUGUCAAGGGGAUGAGGAGAGAUGGUGCGCACAAGAUUGUGUCUAUGUAUAUAGUAUAGUAACAAAAAAACAAAGUCCCAUAACUCUGCAAAUUUUUUUUCUAAAAGAACCUAACAUGACCCAUGCACAACUACUGUUGGUACUGAUCACUUGUGUGAAGUUUCAUUAAAUUGUGUCAAGGCAAUGAGGAGAGAUGGUGCGCACAAGAUUGUGUCUAUGUAUAUAGUAUAGUAACAAAAAAACAAAGUCCCAUAACUCUGCAAAUUUUUUUUCUAAAAGAACCUAACAUGCCCCAUGCACAACUACUGUUGGUACUGAUCACUUGUGUGAAGUUUCAUUAAAUUCUGUCAAGGGGAUAAGGAGAGAUGGUGCGCACAAGAUUGCGUCUACGGACAGACGGACAGACAGACAGACAACCUGAAACCAGUAUACCCCCCCUUACAACUUUGUUGUCGGGGGGUACAAAAAUUAAAAAUA